ACUUCCCCUCGUUUCUUCCGUCGUUCCCGUCACCCUAGUGAAUUUCGCGUGAUCCCCCAAACCCUUUUCCCCUUCUAUAAGUAAUAUUCCUAAACCAGCUCUCUCAUCACUCAAAUUCCAUAAACUAGAACUCCUCUAACCAUGAAAUUUCUAUCGAUCCUCAUUGCAGCAGUUCUCGUCGCCGCCGUGACAUUGUCCGCCGGCCCGGCGGUGGCAGAGGUGAAGUGCAACCAGGUCGUGCAGUCUCUGAUCCCCUGCAUCCCUUACCUCACCACCGUCGGCAGCGGCGCCACGCCAUCUGCCGGUUGCUGCGACGGAGUAAGGAAGUUGAAGAAAAUGGCGCAGUCGCCUGGGGACAAGCGCGCCACCUGCGAGUGCGUAAAGCAAGCAGCUGGGAAGUACUCGCAGGGCAUUAAGCCGGAGGUGGCGGCUCAGUUGCCCAAACUCUGCGCCGUGGAGAUCAGCGUCUCAAUUUCCAAAGACACCGAUUGCACCAAGGCUUUCAGCUCGUGGCAGGGUUUUGGAAGGUGGAGGAGCAUGAAGCUAGGAGGCGAUGGAAAGGGGAGUGUUUGAAAUAAAUAAAGCUCUAAUAAAAUAUUGAGCGACCCCUUUAAAUGAGAAAAAAUGUGUUGAUUUAUUAAG